UUCAGUAACGACAAUGGUGUUAUUUUAGUUCCAUUUUGGGAUGAGCUCUAUAUAAACCAGCUCAAAACCGACGAUGACUUCAGAUAUCAUAUUAUCAUUAUCAACAGUUAGGUAUCAUACUAGACCAUCUUGAGUUAUCCACAUCGUUUGAAUUCACUUCGUCUGAAUUCACUUCGUUUUCGAUUACCACAAGUCAAGGCACCACUAAUCACGAUGUCGUACGGCAGACCCUUUCAGUACCGCAAUUCCACUACCUCCUCUGAUUCUCACGAUGACCCCAACUAUCGUGAGUAUCCACAUAAUCCCAAUUAUUUUGAGGAACCUCCAGAUAUACCAUAUGAAUAUCCCACGUAUCACCAGAAUCCUGAAGCCCCCGAGUCACGCGAGUAUCCCGAUAUUCCCGAGCCCAGUGAGCAAACUCAAGCCCCUCCUACCCCUCAGGCCCCUCAGGCCCAGGCCGCUGAACCAGCACAAACCACACCCCACCCCGGCGACCCUCCCCCUAAGCCCAUUCCCAUGCGCUUCGGACAAGCUAACAACAGCGGCGGCGGCCACUACUCAUCACGCGCAGCGCACGAGCACUGGGUCCUACUCACAGAAGAACUCACACGUCUCCGAGCCGCCACCAUCUUCGGAAGGACAUCACAGAUUGAGAAUUUAAGUCGCAUCACGCGGAUCCAAGCCGGUGUAGACUCUCUCCAUAUGGCCGGGACCAUGGCGCAACAACAGCAACAACCAGGUCAACGACGUAGUCGACGUCUACGUUUCCCAACCCCACCUGAAUCCUCCGCCUCGGACUCGGACUCGGACUCCGGCUCGCCCACCUACGACCGCAUGCACACCAGAGAGCGAGGCUGGGAAGGCGCACGCCGGCGCAGCAAUCGGGUCGAGAAAAAUCGGUAUCCCAAGGAACAAGAACAGUACGAAAGAGCCCAAGACAAGAAAGCGCGUGAGGAGGGGAAGAGCGCAUCGGGCAUGAAGGGUAGCAAGUGGCCUCGCGCGAUCAGGAUCGCAGCUUCGGGUGCUGUGUUCAUUGGCUCGUUUUUCCUUGGUUUCUUUAGGAACGACUGUCUUGAUGAGUACCUCGCGUGCAUGAUUAAUAAGAACGUUUUACCACUAAUUAAGACGAACGCGGGUGAUGUAGAUUAAGGCAGUUGUUCUUGUAGUUGUGCUAGUUGUGUUAGCCGUCUAGCUAUUUGUUUGUUUCGUCAUGUUUUUCGAUGUUUAGUGUUUAGCUCGUUAGGAAAUAUAAGAUAAAAUACCAAAAAAAAAAAAAAAAAAAA